CUGCAGCCUCCUGACUGAGCAGCCCAUGCUCUUGCUGGUUGGCCACAGCAGUGCUGGGGGCGCGAGGAGCCUGAUCCUGCCCUAUGGGGCUGGUGUGCGCCUACCCCAAAUCUCCAUCGUGAUGUUCCUUCUCCCCAGCUCUGGGGUGAGGGCAGAUAGCUUCUCCGGGGCACCCACCAAGUGACAACUCUUCUCUCCUUCCUCCCCUUUCCAAACCUUGCUCUCUCCUCUCUCAGUUUCCAGCAGGGCCUCGUGCUAUUCACCAGCAGGUACUAACCAGUCCCUACCCUGCAUGCUGAGCACCCGAGGCAGCCCCAGCACUGGGACUCCACAGAAACACUUGGGGAGCACGUGGGGAGCUGCACCAAGCCCUGGGGGGGAGCAGGCCAGAGGAAAGAGGGACACCUGCUCAGAGGGAUCAGCUGGAGGGGUUUCGCUGCAGUGUCCCCAAGUUCCUUGGCUGCUCUUGCAUGAAGUCUGGUGCAUGUGGCUCUGCCUGUGCUAGCCCUGGCCCAGGCUGCUGCUUCUGCCUGUGCCCUCCUCCUCAUCUUUCUCCUUCUCUCUCUGGGGUGGAGUCUUCUGAGGCAGCAGCUGUGCCGUGCUGCUGGCCUGUCCCUGGCUAACACAGUGCCCUGGGAGUGAUAGUGACUUUCUGCAGUGCACCCAUCAUUUCCCUUAGGCUGUGGGAGGCUGCAGCCCCAGGAGGUGACACGGCCUCGGUGCCCUGCAAGCUGGAUGUGUCCCCCUGCAUCCUGCCUGUGACACAGUGGCUGUCCCUCCUGCCUUACAUGGUCCCUGGGAGUGUGAGCAAAGGCUCUGUGCUCCCGUCAGCUCAGUGGGACAGCUGGGGACAAACCUAGCAAUGUCCUCGAUGUGCCAGGUCCCCCUGGCUCCGUAGGGACCUCCAGAGGGGCAGGCAGCUCCCCGCGUCCCCCAGCAUGGGUGGAUUUGGGAUGUGGGCAUCAUGCUGGGAGCUCGGCUGCCGCUCCUCCAUCCCACAACCCCAAGCUUGCACUACCCCUCCUGUCCCCCUCCUGCCACCCAUACCCACAUCCAUCCCAGCGCGGCAGCGGUAACUCCUGUCUCUCUCUUUCCCAUCUCCCUCUGUAUGCGUGCACUUGCUAUCAGGGAGGAUUCAGGUCUCUCCAGGUAACGCUUUCUCCUUGCUCCAGCCUUGCCCUGCGCACCGGGUGUGCGACCACCUCCUUGCCUGCUGCCUCUGUUCCCCAACCCUGGGGUGCUGCCACCUGGCAAAGCAGUGGGCAGGGAGGCAGGGGCUGGAGGGAGCUGCCGGCUCCGUGUCCCGGCUGUCCGGCACAGCGUGGCAUGGCACAGUGGGACUACAGGUCCCAGCAUUCAGUGCGAGUGCCGGCCCCGUUGCAAGGCACGCUGGGACCUGCCCCUGAGCUGCGUGCAGCCGUGGCCGGCUCCGGGCGCUGGCGCUGCCGGCCCUGUUGGGCUGGGAGUGGGCUGUGCUGGGCAUGAGCUGGGUCGGAUGGAGCCAGGUGGCCCCCCCGCAGCAUUUCUACCAGAACAGGGCCCAGCCUCCCGCCAGCGCGUCCCGCGUGCAGAGCAACACGACGGCCCGGCCUGGCCCUCCUGCCCAUGUGUAUCCAGCUGCUUCCCAGGUGAUGAUGAUACCCUCUCAGAUAUCCUACACACCUUCCCAAGGAGCCUAUUACAUUCCCGGACAGGGUCGUUCCACGUACGUUGUCCCGACACAGCAGUACCCGGUCCAGCCCGGUGCCCCUAGUUUUUACCCUGGAGCCAGCCCCACAGAGUUCGGGACUUACGCGGGUGCUUAUUACCCGGCCCAGGGGGUGCAGCAGUUCCCGGCGGGGGUCCCCACUGCCCAGGUCAUUGUGAGCCAGCAGCCACCGAUCCCCCCAAAACGAGAGCGCAAGACGAUCCGGAUACGAGACCCCAACCAAGGUGGCAAAGACAUCACUGAAGAAAUCAUGUCUGGAGCAAGGACCUCAUCUACCCCCACCCCUCCCCAGGCUGGAAGCGGUUUGGAACCCCAGGCCAAUGGAGAAACCCCUCAUGUAGCAGUUAUUGUCCGGCCAGAUGACCGCCCGAAGCCCGCGCUGGUGGUGAGCAAGCCCAUCUCCCUGGAGCCCAGCAAGUCAGCAUCCCCGUCGCCUCCCCCUCCCCUCAUUCCCGAGGUGGAGCCCGUGGUGAUCUCAACCGUGACGCUGGUGCCAAUGGAGCCCCCUGUGGAAGCGGACACUAAAGUGGAGCUGGGCGAGGCGCCGCCCGACCUGCACCAGACGUUUAGCGCUAUCACUACAGUGCCAGGGGCAGGGGAGCUGCCCCUCGUGCCCCCGCCUGACAUGGACACGGCGGCUGUGGUGGAGGAGGAGGUGGCGGAGGAGGAGGAGGUUGCCAUUCCUCUCCUGGAGCCCACCUUGCAGGUGCCCGCCCCUCCCGAGGUGCCAUCGGUGCCUGCCGCCCCCCUCAUGCCAGCCGUGCCCCCGGUGCCAGCUGCGCCAUCGCCGCCACUCGUUGUCCCGUCGGUCCCCGAAGCGCCCGCCAAACCUGCCUCUCCCAGCCCCCCACCGCCCCAGGAAGAGCCCUGCCCUGAGCCCGUCGCCGAGCCUGCUGCUGAGGCCAAUGGGGUCUUAGAGGAGGUGCCCGAGCUGCUCCCCGAGGCACCUGUGUGCCAGCCGGUGCCCGUAACGGAGCCUGCCCCGGUGCCCGCUCCAGCGCCCACCCUGGACUCCCCUAUUGUGCAGCCUGAAGAGCUGCCCUUGCCCAAUGGGGUGGAGGGCUCCAGCAAAGUGGAGCCGAGUGAGGAGCAGCCUGAGUCAGAUGUCAGCCCCAUCUCGGAGCCCGAGGAGCCAGCCCAGCCGGGCACCCCCACCUCCCCCCCAGCUGAAGAGGAGGAGGAAGAGAGCGAAGGCCCUCCUGAGGCCCAAGAACGGAGCUCAAGUCCAGCCCCUGCCCCAUCGCAGACCUUGGAGGCGACUGUGCAAGUUGCUGUGUCGGUGCCAAAGAAAAAGCGAAGGAUGAAGGAGCUGAACAAGAAGGAGGCAGUAGGCGAUUUGCUGGAUGCCUUUAAAGAGUCUCAGAUCAGCGACAGUGCCUCAGAGGUGGAAAACAAGCCUCCCCCUUCCGCCCCUGCCCGUGAAACAGAGGACGCAGCCCCCGCCCGUCCCCAGGAGGAGUCGGAGGAGACGUGGGAGGAGAAGGAGGACAAGCUGGCCCCGGAGAAGGGCAAGGCUGGGGACCAGAAGUACCGCUACAAGGAAGAGCAGUGGAAGCCAUUGAAUCCUGAGGAGAAGAAGCGGUACGACCGGGAGUUCCUGCUGGGCUUCCAAUUCAUUUUUGCCAGCAUGCAGAAACCUGAGGGGCUACCCCAGAUCACGGACGUGGUGCUGGACAAGCCCUGUGUACCUUCGCAGGCCAAUAAGACCCCAUUGCGGCCGCUCGACCCCAUCCGCCUCAGCGGCAUGAACUGCAGCCCUGACUUCACCCCCUCCUUUGCCAACCUUGGGCGACCUGUCAUGGGCAAUCGGGGCCUGCCCUCAGGGUUGGGUCCUCGCCGCUCGCAGCAAACUCAGAGGAAGGAGCCUCGCAAAAUCAUUGCCACUGUGUCCCUCAAUGAGGAUGUGAAGCUGAACAAGGCUGAGAAGGCCUGGAAACCCAGCAGCAAGCGUGCCUCUGAGGAGGAGGAUCCUGAGAACAUCAAGACGCAGGAACUGCUUCGCCGUGUCCGCAGCAUCCUCAACAAGCUGACACCCCAGAUGUUCCAGCAACUGAUGAAGCAGGUGAUGGAGUUGUCCAUCGACACGGAGGAGAGACUCAAGGGUGUCAUUGACCUUGUCUUCGAGAAAGCCAUCUCGGAGCCAAACUUCUCUGUUGCCUACGCUAACAUGUGCCGUUGCCUUAUGGGGCUCAAAGUGCCCACGACAGACAAGCCCACGGUGACUGUGAACUUCCGCAAGCUGCUGCUCAACCGUUGCCAGAAGGAGUUUGAGAAAGACAAGGACGAUGACGAGAUCUUUGAGAAGCGGCAGAAAGAAAUGGACGAUGCCAGUGCUCCCGAGGAGAAGGCACGCAUGAAGGAUGAGCUGGAGGAGGCACGAGACAAGGCCCGCCGGCGGUCCCUGGGUAACAUCAAGUUCAUUGGAGAGCUCUUCAAACUGAAGAUGCUGACAGAGGCCAUCAUGCAUGACUGCGUGGUGAAGCUGCUCAAAAACCAUGAUGAGGAGUCUCUUGAGUGCCUUUGCCGCCUGCUUACCACCAUUGGCAAGGACUUGGACUUUGAGAAGGCCAAGCCUAGAAUGGACCAGUACUUCAACCAGAUGGAGAAAAUCAUCAAGGAGAAGAAGACAUCAUCCCGAAUACGUUUUAUGCUGCAGGAUGUGAUUGAUCUCAGGCGGAAUAGCUGGGUGCCGCGGCGAGGAGAUCAGGGCCCCAAAACCAUCGACCAGAUCCACAAAGAGGCAGAGAUGGAGGAGCAUCGGGAACACAUCAAAGUGCAGCAGCUCAUGUCAAAAGACAAAAGGAGAGGACCUCCUGGGCCUUCCAUCAGUGGUGGACGCAGCAGCCUGGUUGUGGAUGACGGCUGGAACACUGUGCCCAUCAGCAAGGGCAACCGGCCUAUUGACACCAGCCGGCUAACGAAGAUCACCAAGCCUGGAUUGAUUGACUCCAACAACCAGCUCUUUGCGCCAGGCGGGCGGCUGAGCUGGGGCAAAGGCAGUAGCGGAGGAUCUGGCGCAAAGCCUGCAGAUUCAGCAUCUGAUUCAGGGCGACCGGCCACGAGCACCUUGAACCGCUUCUCAGCACUCCAGCAGUCCACCCCUGCCGAGAGCCCGGAGUCCCGUCAUGUGGUGCAGAGGAGCAGCUCCAGCCGUGACAGGUCAGAAAAGGCUGGGGACAGAGGGGACCGGGAGUCACGUUUGGAGAAGAGCAGCGACCGUCUGGAGCGUCCCGAUCGGGGAGAGAGGAACAGGUCUGCUGUCACCAAGAGGAGCUUCAGCAAAGAGACCGAGGACAGGAGCAGAGAACGGGAGAAGCAGAGUGGCCCUGAGGCUGUGCGCAAGACUGCUAGCAUGUCAGAGGAACGGGACCGGAGCCGAGAGACGAUUAAACAAGAGCCAGCACCUCCUGCAGCAUCACCCAAACCUAUGCUGUCAGAGGAGGAGCUGGAGAAGAAAUCCAAGGUGAUCAUAGAGGAGUAUCUGCACAUCAAUGACAUGAAGGAGGCCCUGCAGUGUGUUCAGGAGCUGGGCAGCCCCUCCUUGCUCUACGUCUUCGUGCGGAAUGGCAUUGAGUCCACGCUGGAGAGGAGCACGAUCUCACGUGAGCACAUGGGAGUCCUGCUGUGCCACCUGCUGAAGGCUGGCACGCUCUCCAAGGAGCAGUACUAUAAAGGGCUGCGGGAGAUCCUGGAGAUUGCGGAAGACAUGGAGAUCGAUAUCCCACACAUCUGGCUGUAUCUUGCCGAGCUCAUAACACCUAUCCUGCAAGAGGAAGGCAUCCCCAUGGAGGAGCUGUUCAGGGAGAUAACAAAGCCCCUGGUGCCCCUUGGGAAGGCCACCACGCUGCUGGUCGAGGUGCUGGGCUUAUUGUGCAAGGGCAUGAGCCAGAAAACCGCAGGCAAGCUGUGGCGGGAUGGGGGACUGAGCUGGAAGGAGUUCCUGCCCGAGGACCAGGACGUCAACAAAUUUGUCACAGAGCAGAAAUUGGAGUACACGAUGGGGGACAGCUCAGACACGCCAAGCGGCAAGGAGCUGACCUCAGAGGAGCUGUGCAAGCAAAUGGACAAACUGCUAAAGGAGAACUCGAACAACCAAAGAAUAUAUGACUGGAUUGAGGCCAACCUAAGUGAGCAGCAGGUCUCAUCCAACACAUUUAUCAGGGCCCUGAUGACAUCCGUGUGCCAUUCAGCCAUCAUCUUUGAGAACCCGUACCGUGUGGAUGCCUCGGUCAUCCGCAACCGGGCCAAGCUGCUGCAGAAGUACAUGCGGGAUGAGCAGAAGGAGCUUCAGGCACUCUACGCCUUGCAGGCUUUGGUGGUGAAGUUGGACCAGCCUCCAAACCUGCUGCGGAUGUUCUUCGAUGCCCUCUAUGAUGAGGACGUCAUCAAGGAGGAGGCCUUCUACAAGUGGGAGUCCAGCAAGGACCCGGCCGAGCAGCAGGGCAAAGGAGUGGCCCUGAAAUCAGUGACAGCAUUUUUCACCUGGCUCCGGGAAGCAGAGGACGAGUCAGACAACAACUGA